AGAGUGACCUCCCUUUCAGCACUCUUUUGUACUGGAAGAACGGUUUACUGGUAGAACGGGGAGCCGAAAUUCUACAAAUAGUUAUGACGCCGUUUUCACAGUAGCUUUUAAUUGCCAUGGACGACUCGCAUCUACUCCACGUCGCAUCAAGCUUCGGCGAGAAGGAGGAGGUGUUGAAAUUGAUCCGGGCGGGACAUGAUAUCAACGCCGUGGACGAACACAAACGCACACCUGUCACGGUAGCAUGUGAACAAGGGCAUUACGACAUAGUCAACGUCUUAAUAGACGCAGGGUGUGAUUUAAACUGUUCCACUGUCCGCGAAAGUGAUGUUUCCGUGGAAACCCGAAACAGAGCACGAUUGUCAGUAGACGAUGCUGUACUCCGCCGUGCGAGUGAAGCGGAUGAGUCUCUGUCAGGGGAGGCAACUCUGGCUUCUGUGACCGUCUACCCGCCUUUACAUGCAGCAGUAUCAGCUGAAAAUGAGACUAUUGUGAAGGCUUUAAUAAACUCAGGGAGGGUUGACGUAAACUGUAUGUAUUUGAAACAAACGCCAUUGAUUAUUGCAGCCAAAUUAAACUGUCAGAAUAUCGUAGAAAUUUUGACUGAAGCUGGUGCUCAAGUGAACUUCGACAAAAUCGCUGUUACUGACGACGGAGUCAUCACCCCGAUACAUUAUGCUGUCGUUAAUGGAAAUUAUGACAUGGUGAAGUAUUUGAUAGAUCAUGGGGCAAGUUAUAUAACAGAACUGCCUUUAAAUGUGAGAAGCUAUCGUAUUCCAGGUGCAGUGGCCUUGAGGUACUAUGGAUCCCUGAUUGAACUGGCUUGUCAGAACAACCAGCUGGAGAUACUGGUCCUGUUGAUCAACACCUAUGAGAGUGACAUCACAUUUCUGUGCAAGCACUAUGCCUUGCUGUGGAGUUGUCAGAUGGAACACAAAGAGUGUCUGGACAUUUUAUUGCUACGUUUAUACAACACUGAGUGUGAACUCAAUAAUGCACAUUUAGCACAGAAUCACCAGCAAAUUCUCAGAAUAGCUCUGCGUCAAAAUUCAGGGAAAGAUGAAGUUAUUCCACUCCGUCUUCUGGAACAUUUUGGUCCAAAAAUGUUUACAGACUCGACAAGCUAUUACACUACUCUGUACAUUGGUGUAUUAAGAGUUUUUCCAAAGUUUGUUAAGGCAAUGCUUGUCUUUCAUGAAAAAUUCCCAAAGACAGAGGAUGAAGAUUCUGUGAUGGAUAUCUGCUAUUCAGCACUAAAUGGGGUCAACUUGUCAAUCCUGAAGGACCUAUAUGAAGUUGGACUAAUAGAUGUAAAGUACAUUGACCAAACUGGAGAGAAUGCAGCUUUCAAUGUGGUCCAGAGUAGCAGAAGUACAGAAAUAGAUGAGCUGGUACAGUGGCUGUCAGAUUUAGGUGUUGACUUCACCAAGAAGAACAACAAGGGCUUGGAGCCAAUCCACACAGCUGUCGGUGCACGCACAUACAAGACCAUCGCCGCCUUAGUGCGUCAGGGAGUCAACAUUGACUCAAAGACAAGUGAUGGCCAGACACCACUCCACCUGGCCCUCAACACAGGCUGGGAGUUGGAACGGUCAAUUGUGAAGACAUUAUUAGAUGCAGGGGCUGACCCAUGCAUCCAAGACAACCAAGGUCGAACACCGGUCACCAUGUUUGUUUUGUCCUAUUUUAACACGUUUCAUACAGGACAGACAUGGUGCAUGGAGAAGCCAAAUGGCUGGAGGUGGGCGCUGGACCUGCUUGUGGGGAAACUGGGCUGCUUCCUGUAUAAUGUACAUGUCAUAGGUUUUGUGGAACACAGUGACUGGCGGAAGUUGUGGGAGGCUGUGGAUGAGGAGCAUCGAUUGUUGCUGCAGUCGUUCCCGUCACUGCAGACACUGUGCUGGAGCAGGCUUCGGCGAACUCUAGGGGGAAUCCGAUUCUGUGACAAGGUGGAUCAACUACCUCUUCCUCAACCAAUGAAAAUAUUCCUGAAGACAUUUUGAAGGGAUCUUCAGAUUAUAGCAUCAAAUAAGCCAUCCAACUGAUGAGGUUUUCACAGGGUUUACUGUGUCCUCAUCUCAUGAUAACUGUAUGUAUCAUGAUGCUAACUUGUAUUUUCAGAUUGCUUGUGUAAUUUCAGGGAUAAUUUUGAGUUUGAAUGUUGGAACCUGUGUACAUGACAUUCUGUGGAGUGAGCCAUAAAGGUGUUCCCAUGAUAUGAUGGGCCACGGAUCUUUUAUGUUGGUCUCUGCACAAUAGCAGCAGCACACAGUUUUGUAUAUAGAUAGCUGAUGUAAGCAGCAAGAACAUAAUGCUACUGCCAGUAUGUAUCCCAAAUGUCACCUCGUCAGAGAUAACUGAUGCAAGAAUCUGCUUGUGAUGUAUGUGUCUGCAUGGAGCAAUAGUCAUGUAUUCUGGAAUCGGUCAGGACAACUUGCCAUUUAGACAACUCAAAAGAAGUUCUGUGAUAUUAGGGAUUCUGUCAUGCCAUGCUUUUGUGUAAUAUAGUAAGUGAUGUUCAUCAUGUUGCUGUGGGGGAGGCGGUGUAGCCUAGUGGUUAAAGCAUUCGCUUGUCAUGCCGAAGACCCAGGUUCGAUUCCCCACAUGGGUACUAUGUGUGAAGCCCAUUUCUGGUGUCCCCGCUGUGAUAUUGCCGGAAUAUUGCUAAAAGCAGUGUAAAACCAUACUCACUCACUCAUGUGGCAAUAACACAAUGAGUGGUCAUGGUCUGGGGAAGAAGGUGGAUUAAGAAGGAAGGCCAACAAGGAUGUUGUACCUCCAGGUACAGGCUUCAGCUCCUGCUGUCAUUGUGGUCACUGUGGUCACUGGUUGUAAGUUCCACGAGGUUUGCUUGCAUGUCACAGUCAGUUACUACCAGGUAAUCACAACAAUCAAAAGUUUGUCAAUGAUGAGGCAUUCUAGAGAAUGAUAACAACUUCGUAGUUGGUGCAUGUAGAUGCUUGUAUUUCGAUGUAGAUUCUUACACUGUUUUCAGGCUAAAGUGACUCAGCCAACUGAUGAGAUGUGUGUAUGCAGGGUAGGAUCUGACCGGCAGGAGAUUAACAACAACAGGCACUGGAGCACAUAAUUCCAUGGCCAAGUGUUGAAUGCAAACCACUAGCCCCAGUGAGGAAGCCAAAAUACAACAGGAUUAAAAUGUAAACAUGCUGAAUGAAUACUAACUAAACAGCUGAUUUGAGUCUGUUACUUGAUUGACACUUCAUAGCCAGGUACCUGUGAAGGUCCCGGUUAGAAUUGAUCAUCAGUAACCCAGGCUUGUCUCCCAGUGAAGAUCCGGGUUAGAAUUGAUCAUCAGUAACCCAGGCU